UAAAGGCUUUUACUAUGAAAAUUCUGGAUGGAAAUUGCAUGGAGAAAUGAUUAAAGACGAGGAAUGUCAUUUUCUGAGAGCGGAGGAGGAAGUGGAGGACUUUUGUAAGGUUGCUGAGUACGAAUUCUUUGGUGUUAAUAAUCCACAAGAACAUGUUUUGUUGUAUUUGUGCUUCCAUGUUGGUUCCAAGCAGCCGUAUUAUUCGGAAGUUAGAAGAAUUGAUUUAGUAUAGAUAAUUUUGUGUUUGUGUGAUAAUUUGUAUAUAUUGUGUUGUGAAAUGUAGGAAAUUAUGUAUAUAAUGUAUGUU